UGAGGAGAAUCUGAUGAAGGAGAGAGAGAGGGGGAGGAAAAGUGAAGGGGCUAGCGAGUGAAAGGGGGUGGAGCUGUCCAAAAACUGAACAGAAAAUAAGGAAAAGCUUCUGCUCUGUCGUAUCCACAUCCAGUCUCCGUCAUCUCCACUUCCCUCUCUCUCGUCCGCUACCACCCUAACUCCUCUCUUUCUCUUUCAUACCACUCCUCCUCCCUCUCUUUUCUCUCUCUGGCUUUAAAUGCGGGCGUCAUUAGCCCUAAUUUCAAUCCUCUCUUCUAACCACUUUCCACUGUUUUUCUUCUUCCUCAGAUCUCCACACACUCUCUCUCCGACUUCUCCCAUUUUUUCCAUCCAUAUUCCUUCCUUUUCUGCAUUUUCGUGUCUAUAUUGAAUUUUACUGUUUAAUUUAUUUUCUUCAUUUCUCGGUGUUUGAUCCGCUGAGUAUUUGAGGGGUUUGGAGAGUACUGUCAGAUCCAGUGUGAUUUGGUUAUGCGUGGUUACGAGUGUAAUCUCUGCAAAAUCAGGGAAUAGAAACAGCUAAAGGCGGUUGAAGUUGUUGAAACGCUUCGUUUUGGAGUUUAUGUGGUUUUGGAGGUGAAAUGGAGGCCAGGAUGAAGAAGUACCGGCAAGUGAGUCCGGAGAGGGCCAAAGUGUGGACGGAGAAGUCUCCCAGGUAUCAGCAGAGUAGGAAGGUUCCGGUGGUUUACUAUCUCUGCAGAAACAGGCAACUGGAACAUCCACACUUCAUCGAAGUCCCGUUAUCUUCAACGGAGGGUCUCUACUUGAGAGAUGUGAUCGAUAGGCUUAAUGUUCUAAGAGGGAGAGGCAUGGCUUCAAUGUACUCAUGGUCCUGUAAGCGAAGCUACAAGAAUGGAUUUGUUUGGCAUGAUAUUUCUGAAGAUGAUAUAAUUCUUCCUGCUCAUGGUAAUGAAUAUGUUCUCAAAGGUUCAGAACUCUUCGAAUCUAAUUCAGGGCGGUUCAGUCCUGUGGGAAAUAUAAAAAUCCAGAAUCCAAAACCAUUGCCAGAAACAGCAUCUUCCAGAAGCCAUGACGAUUCUUCAUCAACCUCGAGCAUGAAUGGGAAAGAAACCAAGAAUUCUCAAGAAGAUGAGCUGUCCCCUCCACUUCAGCGUCCUGGAUCGUCUGGUUUGUCUCCAGGGUCCAGAGUUGCAAAAGAUUCUUCUUGGGGUGGCUCUCUAAGCUUGACUGAAUACAAGAUUUGUAAGAGUGAUGGGGCAACUGAUGCUUCGACACAGACUGAAGAAAAUGUAAGCAAGCCUAAAGCUCGAGAAACUUGUACAAGGGGUGUUUCAACAGAUGAUGGCUCUUUAGAAGCUGAACGCAAUGAGAUUUAUCAAAAUCAGGUUCCAUGCAUGAAAGAGAACUCUGAGAUCUGCAGAGAAUCAAUUUCCCCUCUGUCCACCUCCAGUGCAUCAUCUUCAGGUGGGAAGACCGAGACUUUGGACUCUCUUAUCAGAGCUGACGCGUGUAAGAUCAAUAGCUUCAGGAUACUUGAAGAGGAAGAGGUUCGAAUGGCUCCUGCUACAAAGCUGAAGGCUACAAAUAUGCUGAUGCAGCUCAUCUCCUGUGGAUCAAUAUCAGUGAAAGAUCACAGUUUUGGCCUCAUUCCAACCUACAGGCCUAGGUUUUCUCAUUCAAAAUUUCCCUCCCCAUUGUUCUCUACAUCAAUAAUGUUGGGAGAGCUUGACUGCUUUGCAGAGAAUCCAAGAAUGAUGGGCCUGAAGGUGGAGGACAAGGAGUAUUUCAGUGGGAGUUUGAUUGAGACUAAAAUGCUUAAGGAAGGUGAUGGAUUCACUGGUUUGAAACGCUCUUCUUCCUACAAUGCAGACAGGACUUGUAAGCAAUUAGAUUCAGCUGAGGACAAGGGGGAGACAAUGACCGGACGUUCAAAAUGCAUCCCACGGUCAAUUAAAGCUUCACUAAGUAGACAUCCACGUAGCGAAUCCAUGAGGUCCCCUAUUUCCGACAAACCAAGGAACUCCUCUGAUGGAGUCGACAGCUCUCAAACCGUAUCUCCCAGCGUCUCCUUUGGUAGCAGUAGAAGAAUCACGGAACCUUCCUUGGGGAAAAGACAAUCAAAGAGGUUAGAUUCCUUCAGAGAAGAUGAAGAUGUAAUCCAAAUCGAAGAAAGGCUUACUUCAGGAGCUCGGGUUAUAAUUCAAACCAAAGCCGCCUGCGACACAGAUUAAACCCUAAAAUGUAACUUGUUGAAGGCCGAGCAAUGAGUGUCUUUGGGUGGGGAUCCCAUUUCGGGAAAGCUUGUUCAAUCUGUGAAACAACUUGCCUUGGUUUAGUUUUUGUUUGAAUUCGAAAUGAUGGUUGAUAGUUAAUUAAUUUCAUUCUUUGUAUUUCAUCCAUUA